AUGGGACGACUUGACGGCAAGAUAGCCAUCGUGACUGGUUCUUCCAGCGGGAUAGGCCGUGCAAUUUCGCUGGAGUUUGCCCGAAAUGGUGCGAAAGUGAUCUGCGCAGAUUUGACUGAGAAAGCCCGUGCUGAUGUUGCCUCUGAACUGGCUAUCACAACGCACGAUCUGGUCAAAAAGGAAGGCGGGGUAGCCGAGUUCUUCAAGGUCGACGUCACCAAAUCGGAAGAACAAGAGGCUUUAGUGAAAUAUGCUGUCGAAAGGUUUGGCAGACUGGAUAUUGGCAGUCUGCUAACAGACCUCGUUUCAAGAAUGGUUAACAACGCCGGUGUUGCCAUGGAAGCUAAGGAUCCCCAACCUAUUUGGAACUUCGACCAAACUGUCUUUGAGAAGGACAUGAAUAUCAACGUGGUCGGAGUCUUGCUUGGAUGCAAGUAUGCUUCAGCCCAAAUGAUCAAACAAGAUCCGCUCCCAUGUGGCGACAGAGGCUGGAUCUUGAACACAGCGAGCGUUUUCGGCCUGGUUGGCAACGCGGGUAUCGCUGGUUAUGUGGCAUCCAAGCAUGCUGUGAUGGGACUUACCAAAGCAUCAGCAUGGGAUUGCGCGCCGCACCGAAUCCACGUGAAUGCUAUAUGUCCCGGGUACACGGACACAGCCUUUAUAGCUGGUCUUGAAGGACAGAACAGAGCCCAAGUGGAAGCACUCCACCCUUUUGGAGGGCUAGGACGUCCAGAAUACAUUGCGAGAGCGGCCUUGUUCUUGGUUUCAGAGGAUAGCAGUUGGGUGACGGGUAUAGGCUUACCUGUAGAUGGGGGCUACACAGCAUUUUAUCCUCGCCAACUAUUAGACCCAGUAACCAUGCCGCGAUGCGCAUUCUGCCGCGCCUUCGCUAUUGAUCAGGAUCGGUUCUACCUAGAAUUCCACCCAAACCUCUCCUCACUUAAACAAAGCGCUGAAGAUGGCUGCGACUUUUGUCAACUUUGCUGGACGGGCUUCCGCCGGGAAUGGGCACCUACUGAGAUUGAAUAUGUUCUCAACGGUGAAGUUCCGGAAGGAGUUACGAAGUUUGAGCCAGGGAUCUGGAUCUACGUCCAUUUCACAGAUUACAGUCCUACUCUGACUCAGCCGCGCAUUAUUGUGUCGUGCGGGAGAUAUAAUCCUAUCACUUCUGUGAAGGAAAGCAGCCAUGGACUUAGUUACAUAAACCUGGCAGUCUAUGGGAAAGAAGGAACAGCGGCAGGUUCGCGAACACCAGGACGGAUCUGCACGGCAGAAUAUGAGCCGAACUCUUACCUCACCUUAAUCCGAGAUUUUCUCAACAGAUGUACAAAGUCCCAUCCAGCGUGCGGUGCUGAGAAGACGCACGAUAUGCCCACCAGGGUCAUCGACGUUGGCAACGCGAAACAAGGAGACCUUCCACGACUUGUCGUAACUGACCAGAGGAUGAAGGAGAAAUAUCUUGCGCUGUCCUAUUGCUGGGGGCCCGGCACAGACACCUUCACCCUCAAUGACAGAACGAAGGACGAAAUGAUGAAAGGAAUCGACGAACCUCGCCUCGUAGCCGCGCAUCGCGAUACAAUCACAUUAGCGCGGCAGUUAGCCAUCCGAUAUAUCUGGAUCGACGCUCUAUGUAUAAUACAGGGCGACAAAGAUGACUGGGAACGUGAAUCAAAACUAAUGGCCAAAGUAUACGGCCACGCAACUCUUACUAUCACGGCAGGAAGAUCAGGCGAUGCUCGCAACUCCUUCAUCGCCAAUACUUACAAACAACAUGCUCCCUGCUGCGAAUUUCCUCUCGGAGAUGGCCAAGGUGGAAAUGUUCUUGUUGGGCCUUUGAGAUCCGCUGACUAUGGUGUUACUGAGACUCGUGGAUGGUGUUGUCAGGAGAAGAGGUUGAGCCGACGGGUGGUGUUCUUUGGCAAAGAGCAGCUUUUUUUCCUGUGUCGAAGCUCCGGUUACUCGGAAGACCGCAGCUAUCAGGAGGGUAAAUCUGUCUUGCUACACAGCUUUCUGACUGGUAACGUAAAUCCGCAAUUGAGGCGGGAUCGACUCCUGCAGUAUUGGGACGAGAUUGUCGUGGAUUUCACCAGACGCCAGCUAUCGAACCCUCAUGAUAUCUUCGCUGCCCUUGCAUCCAUCGCUGAACCUAUCUCCAAGGCUCUGCACUCACGCUACCUUGCUGGUCUUUGGGAAUGUGAUCUCGUUCGUUGUUUGUUGUGGAGACCUGGGUAUAAAGUAAGCAGCUUCUUUGGACCAGCGACGAGACCUUUGCCAACAAGUUUCGCACCCGCCCCCGUGAUCAGAGCGCCUUCAUGGUCUUGGGCCUCCAUCCAAGGUGGCGUCAAGCCUCUUGCCCUCCAACAAUUUCGGAGGAUGAAGACAGAGAGUCAAAGCGGAACACCAUUUAUAAGGCCGAAGGAACACCGUUGGACGGUAGAUCCUCACUGCGGAGCUGACGCACUGCACAUGCCGUCUUGCGAACUACAGCUUCUGGGGUGUGUUCAAGAAGCAAUUAUCCUCACGAGAACACCGUCGAGCGGAUUCAUUGCUUCGCUCCGGAAGCAAAAGAGGCCAGCAGGUACUAUGCGUCGACCAGUUGUGCUUGGGCGUAAGGAGAUGAAGGAGGGGAGCGUGGAUAGAGACAUGUCACUUUUUGUAGCGCUAGGAAUUUUUGACUUUGAUGAAGAGAGUGUUGAAGAGGUUUGGUGCUUGCAGCUUACACUUGAGGAAGGACUUAUGCUCUGCAAGAAAGAUGAUGGAACGUUCCAGCGUAUAGGAGUCUUUCAGGUAUGUAAAUUGGACUGGUUUGACCGCCUAAGAGAGUCGGAGGUUAGGCUGGUGUAA